UCCGAUCGCAGACGCACAGAUCGAAAGGGCGGAUUCGGCCUUCCAAAAGCUUUCCCUGGUGAUGGAAACAGGAAAGAUAACUGUGGAGAAAGUCAAUGGAAAAUCAACAGUGACGAGAUGCUUCUCUAAGUAUCCUCUCAAAUUCAUCAUUCCCAUGAAGGUGGUUCCUUCAAAAACUGAUGCUGUUUGGAUUUAUACCCUCACCUAUGGUGGGGGCAUUGUCUCUGGAGAUUCUAUAUCAUGUGAAUUUAACAUUGGAGAUGGAUGCACCACUGUCCUCACAACCCAAGCAUCUACCAAGGUGUACAAGUCUUUGGGGUCCAAAUGUUCUGAACAAUUUCUUGAGGCAAGAAUUGGCAGUGACUCCCUUUUGGCUGUCAUUCCAGAUCCAGUGACAUGUUUUUCUACUGCAAGAUACUCUCAAAAGCAAGUCUUUAGAGUGCUCUCAGACUCAAGUCUAGUAAUCGUUGAUUGGAUUACCAGUGGACGUCAUGAAAGUGGAGAAAAAUGGGAUUUUGAAUUUUAUAAGAGCACCAACAACAUUUUCUUGGAUCAUGAUCAGCCCUUGUUCCUUGAUACUGUAUUCCUAGAGCAAGGAAAAAUUGCUACUAUCACAGAACGCAUGCAUGGCUACCAAGUUGUUGCUAUGGUUAUAAUCUUGGGGCCAAAGCUGAAGCACAUUCAAACUCAAGUUCAAGAAAACGUGAAAAGGAUUAUGUCUGAGCAAUUGCACAUGCCUUUUACUGGCUUAGGUGGCCAUACAAAAUCAAAUUCUAGUAUUUGCUUUACCAAGCCACCAUUUAUUGCAUCUUGCAGCUUAUUUGGUCCUAAGGGUGUAGGCGUUGUUGUUAGAAUAGGUGCCCUGACUACCGAAUCAGUAUACAAGUUCUUGCAGCAACAGCUGGCUGGCUUGGAGCCCCUUAUUGGGGUUUUACCAUACCGAUGAUCAAGCCUGUUGGUUAUUUUCCGUAACAGUUGAAUUGUGGAGCUUUGAAUGAUACCCCAGCUAUCUUCUUUACCUUGUAUGGAAGAGUUGAUGAAUUUCUAUUCAUUUUACUGAUUUAUCCUUGCAUUGUUACCUGGUGU